CACGUGUAACAAGUACAGCAGGCUCCUAAAAGGCAGUUAAACUGUAUGACUGUGUAAGCUCUUUAGACAUUUCGGUGCUGUCAUAUCUGGGAUAACACGGGGAGGCUGGGAGACUGCCUCGGCAGGAAUUUAAGAUGCCUGCACAAAAAAGUAAAGGAAAAGAUGGGAUGAGCAACUGGAUGUCACAGCUACCACCUGAACUUCACACUGUUCCUCUCUUUGAGCUGGCCCUACCAGGAAGCCAUGACUCAAUGAGUUAUGACUUGGAUAUCAACUCCUCUAUAAUAGAACCUGAUGGACUAAAAAGGCUCAGCAAGAUUUACUGUGUGCGUAAAAUAGUGCGCAAAUGGGCCAUCACUCAGGAAGCGACCAUCACAAAGCAACUGGAUGCAGGGGUUCGCUACUUGGACCUGAGGAUUGCACGCAAGCCAAAUGACACCAACCCCACAAGGCUUUACUUUUACCACGGGCUGUACACGCGGGCUGAUGUCGAGACUGUUCUCAAAGACAUAAAUGACUGGGCAGGGACACAUCCAAAAGAAAUCGUCAUCCUAUCAUUAUCCAACUUCAAAGGGUUUGACAAAAAGAUUGAAAAGCAACUUCACACACAUCUACUCGACUUCAUCAAGACUUUGUUUGGAGCCAAACUUGCCCCUGCAUGGGAAAAACCUACCCUGAAGAGUUGCUGGGACAACGGCAGAAACAUCAUAGUUUCAUAUGACUAUCGAGCACAUAAGCAUGUUGAUAUAUGGAAAAAAAUCAACUAUUUCUAUGGAAAUAGCAUGGAGCCUGCAAAAAUUGAAGAAAGACUCUGUCUCGCUCUGGAAAAGGAAAGGCCUGACCAGCAUUUCUUUGUAUGUGGCUUGAACCUGACACUGCCACAUGAUGCCAGGAUCCUCAAGUACAUCCUUCGCAUGUGUGACAACUUCAUCAACGUCAUACAGAGGAGUCUGCCAAAGCUGCUGCAAUGGGUGAAACAGCAAUCUUUCAAAAUGCCGAUUAACAUUGUUGCCUCAGAUUUGGUGACUCGAAACAACUUUGUCUCAACAAUUGUUGAGCUCAAUUUUAAAAAGGUGAAUGCAUAAUUAAAACCCUGUAGUACAUAGUGCUGUGUGCUGUAAACUGAUUGGAUUCAUUUAUUGGCUAGUUGUGGUGCCAGUUUCAAACAUCUAUGUUUCAUUCAGACUGCAUAAUUCAAGUUCAAGAAAUCAUUAAUUCCUUUCAAUUCAUGGUAUCUGCACUGUUUUAAAUAGCUACAAUGACGCUGUAGAUAUCAUGAACUGGAAUUCUGCUUAGUCAAAAUAUAAUUACAGACAUCUUUAAAAUUUUGACUAGGGAAUGAUGCUGCCCACAUCUGGAAGGUAGACCUUUUUAAACAGACUAUAGUACUGCAGCCAUAAACACAUAUGACAAACUGUUUCACUGCCAUGUUACACCGGCCUGACACUGAAGUUCUAGUAAAUUUUGACUACAAGUCUAUAAUUAAGGAAGGUGUGAUUUGGCACAACCUCUUUGCUGACAAGCUCUCUAUUUUAAGUCAUUUUUAGCCAUCUUCUCCACCACAGCAGCCACCACUACUUCUGCUAACAGUUUUCAAAGGCUUUGCUGGGCCAAUAUCCAACAGGAAGCCUCAUAUAAGCAGCAUCAUUCACAACAAUUCAGAUUAUUCACAAUGACAAUUGAGGUAUCUACAACUACUCUUUUCAUUAGUCCACACUGAUUACACAUUUUCUAACUGUGAUUUUGGCUAAUCAGAGAACUCUGUUAAGCGUUAAAAUGGCUUGCCAUAUUCAAUGAUCCCUUUCCUCAUUUUUUAUAACAUUUUGAACAGUCACAAACUGAUACAAGUUCUGAAGUUGUGACAUCAGCUAGGUCUGUAAGAGUUUAUAGCUUAGGCCUUAGCGUGGCUAUUUGGAUUGGGCCUCAGAGUGCUUGUUACCACUGACAGUGAAUGUAUCUGAAAUAUGCAUCGCCUUAAUAAAGUGUUGAAUGGAUGCAG